GCUGCAAUUGACUUCCAUUGAGUCACUGGACGACUCCCGCCAGGAUCGCGUCCGGCUUGACGCUCCCGAUACCGCUGUUCUGUGUCUUCGCAUUCAAGCUCUAGAUUCCGCAUUUCACAAUGGCGUCAACCGAUGCUGCAUUGACCACCGGCGCUGACCAGAACGCCGGGGUGCGACGCAGAAACGUUCCAGGAACGGAAGAUAGCCGUGGGAAUGUUCCAGCUGUGGUGCGAGACGAACAGGAUGUCAAGGUGCACAGAAAGCAAAAGUCCCUUGGGGCCGUCUUGGAUGAGUGGGAGUUCAUACUGGCACCUUUGAUCUUUACAGCCCUCUCGUUUUUCACGCGAAUGUGGCGGAUUGGCCGCUCGAACAUCGUGACGUGGGACGAAGCUCAUUUUGGCAAAUUCGGUUCCCACUAUCUGAAGCGCGAGUUCUAUUUCGAUGUCCACCCGCCACUGGGAAAGAUACUGGUUGGCCUGUCUGGCUACCUCGCGGGUUACAAUGGAUCCUUCGAGUUCAAAUCUGGAGAGAAAUACCCGGAGGAUGUCAACUACAUGUUUAUGCGUGUCUUCAACGCCUUCUUCGGUGCUGUCUGCGUGCCGCUGGCGUACUACACUGCACGCGAACUCCGGUUCCGACGAGUCACGGUCUGGCUGAUUACCCUGAUGGUGCUCUUUGAGAACUCGUACGCGACCAUCUCGAGGUUUAUCCUACUCGACUCUAUGCUCCUCUGCUUUACGUUCACCACCAUUCUUUGCUGGGCGAGAUUCCACCGGCUGCAGCACAAGAGCUUCUCAUUGGAGUGGUUCACGUGGCUUUUCCUGACCGGCUUGAGCAUUGGCUGUGUCUGCAGUGUCAAGAUGGUCGGCUUGUUCUGUACCGCCUUGGUUGGCAUCUACACUAUUGAGGACCUGUGGAACAAGUUUGGAGACCUCAAAAUGCCCAAGGUUAGUACAGAAUCGGAUUCGGAUAGUAAUCUGGCCUAUCAAGUUCUGACGAACCGGCAGGUGGUGCUUGCACAACAUCUAGUAGCUCGCGUCGUUGGUCUGAUCGUCAUCCCGAUUCUCGUCUACAUGUUUUCUUUCUACCUCCACUUCUUGAUUCUUGAAAACAGCGGCCCUGGAGAUGCGCAGAUGAGCUCUCUGUUCCAAGCCAACCUGAAGGGCACGGAAGUCGGCAAGGACAGUCCUCUCGAGAUUGCCAUUGGAUCGAGAGCCACUAUCAAAAACAUGGGUUACGGAGGCGGUCUUCUUCACUCUCAUGUUCAAACGUACCCUGAGGGCUCGGGCCAGCAGCAAGUGACAUGUUAUCAUCACAAGGAUGCGAACAACGAUUGGUUCUUCUACCCCAACCGCCACGAACCCGAAUAUGACCCCGAAGGACCAUUGAAGUUCGUUGGAGACGGUGACACUAUUCGCCUAAUUCACGCCCAGACGGGCCGCAACCUUCACUCUCACGCCAUCGCGGCCCCCGUCACGAAGGCUGAUUACGAGGUUUCUUGCUACGGAAACAUUACUAUUGGCGAUGAAAAGGAUCAUUGGGUUGUUGAAGUGGUCAGCGAUGCUGCAUCGAGAGACCGUUCGAAGAUUAGAACUCUUACGACUGCCUUCCGACUACGCCACCCGGUUCUCGGUUGCUAUCUACGGGCAGGCAACGUUAACCUGCCACAGUGGGGUUUCAAACAGAUCGAGACCACAUGUGUCAAGAGCAACAAUCCCAGAGAUACCUACACCCACUGGAACGUAGAAUCCCACUGGAACGACCGACUUCCACCUGGUGAUCCUGGCUCGUACAAGUCGCCAUUCCUGAGAGACUUUAUCCAUCUCAAUGUUGCAAUGAUGACCUCUAACAAUGCCCUGGUUCCAGACCCUGACAAGCAGGACGACCUCGCCUCGAAGUUCUGGCAAUGGCCCAUCUUGAAUGUUGGUCUCCGUAUGUGCUCCUGGGAUGACAGUGUGGUGAAGUACUUCCUUCUGGGAAAUCCUUUCGUCUACUGGAGCAGCACAGCGAGCUUGGGCAUUUUCGGGCUCCUAGUACUUUGGUAUCUCAUUCGCUGGCAGCGUGGCUAUCGUGAACUGAGCCAGGCGGAUAUUGACCACAUCCACUACUCGGGUGUGUAUCCUUUCCUCGGCUGGGUCCUGCAUUACAUUCCGUUUAUAGUCAUGGCUCGUGUGACAUAUGUUCACCAUUACUACCCUGCCCUUUACUUCGCCAUUCUCACGGCUGGCUUCUGCGUGGACUGGAUGACGCAGAAAUUGACCCGGCCACUUCAAUGGGCACUGUACACCGUUCUUUAUGGGAUCACGAUUGGCUUGUUCAUUGUCUUCCGUGACAUUGUGUUUGGUAUGGAAGGUUCAAAUCAGCAAUGGGCUCACCUGAAAUGGUUCAAGGGCUGGAGAAUAGCGGACUAGUUUGCCCUUGCGAGGUCAUGGUAGCGCAGUAGGAAAGUGUCACUGUUCCAUGAUGACUCCGCUACUAUGCGGUUUCUGUUUUCUCCAAUAUCCGCUUUUGUUCCAACCCUUUCUUUUUUUAUUUUUUUCUGGCCUCAAUUUCGGUGAUUAGAGGGACGGCUUCCGAUUUAUCCACACGGGACUAAGGAACGAUGUAUGAUUAUUAGCAACCAAGCAAUGCUUAUCACCUGGGACAAAAAGAGUUGAUUGAAAGUGUGAUCCCAUGCUCGUUAUUCGACCGGUUGUACCAAAAGGUCUUAUGC